AAUAAUUUCAAAAUUAUAUAUAUGGUAUCGUGCGCAUAAUAUUGCAUGUUUAUUUCAGCACCAGGUUGUGUGGUUAUGACCUAUUUGGGCUUCUUGAUAGCAAUAGGGUCUGAAACUGUUUAUGUUGUACCUCAUAGUAGAGUUGAAGGAGCCUUUGCAUUGUUUAUAACAGCAGUGGUAUAUUAAAUUCAUUAAAAAAGUUAUAUGCAAUAUUCUUUGCUAUCAGUUAUAACAGCGAAUACUCUCAAAUAUAAAGAUCUUAGAAUGUUGAUGAAUGGAUUAAUUCACAAUAGAUCAGAGAGGCUGAAAUGGAAAUGUAAGAUCUUCCAAAUUAAAAACAACCAGAAUAAUAAGUAUAAGAAUAAUAAUGAUAUCUAUUAAUUUAUCAAAACCAAAAAAUAU